UUCUGGGGGAAGGUCAAGAAAUACCUCCAGGACAACUGCGACGGCACUUUCGAGAUGUUGAAAAAGAAUAUGCCCUUAGCGAUGCAGUCUGUGCAGCUCCGUACAAUCCAACUAUGGGAACAUCGCAUGCACCGCUGGAUGGAGGCAUAUCGGACAGGCCUGGGGAUGAAAGAUGCUCAAUUUCAGGUCAAGCAAUUUAGUUCUACUAAGUAUAAGUCACAUAGACAUGUUCCUGAGGCAGUGGCAUGUACUUUUGACUGA